AUAGGCAUGGCCAUAGGAGUGUGGUGGACGAUGAAGAAGAGCUUAUUAUUGAAACUGAGUGUGUAUCUGUUGAUCAUCGUCAUGGCUAACUGCUCCCGGGACAUCCCUGACUCUGUUUCUGACCACCCUCCCGGGUACAUCAUCUGUGGCGAGAUUAGUGCGACGUGGGGCAAGCAUCUGUGCAUCAAGCACGGCACCUGCACCAAGCCGUGCCGGGCAGAAGGGUACGACUCAGGCUACUGCGCCCCAUUCCCGUGGUCGACCUAUUGCUGCUGCAAAAAUAUUUGUGGCGAUUCUGUGCAACCUCACAGGAGCAGCUUUAUAUGCGGUGAUAAUUAUCUACAUUUUUUUUGACAAGAACAGCUGGAGCUCUCCCUUAGCAUUAUAGUGAGGGGAGAAAAUACAAAGUACGGGGGUACAAGGAUGAGGUGCUAGAAACCUCCCACACAGCCGAACAAAAUCGGCUAAAACUCUGUUA